UAAUUGUAUUUCAUUUCAUUAGUCUAAAACAACAAUUUAAGGAGAAAAAAAAACAAUAUCCGACCCAUGGAUUCCAUGAAAUUCCUUACAAUGCUAACAUAUUUGAUCAUAGGAACCCUAGUCUUACUCCAAACAUGCAGCCAUGCACAAAAUUCACCCCAAGACUAUGUUGAUGCCCAUAACCAAGCUAGGGCAGCUGAUGGUGUAGGUGAUAUAGAAUGGAAUGAGACGGUAGCCGCCUAUGCCGAGAACUAUGCCAACCAAAGGGCAGCAGAUUGUGCCCUUAUCCAUUCAGAUACCAAUGGUUUGUAUGGUGAAAACAUAGGGGUUGGUCCAGAGUUGACAGGCAUAGGUGCUGUAGAAAUGUGGGUAAAAGAGAAACCCAAUUAUGAUUAUGAUUCAAAUACUUGUGCUGAUAAUGAGAUGUGUGGCCAUUAUACACAAGUAGUUUGGAGUAAUUCAGUUGGUCUUGGAUGUGCUAGAGUUCAAUGUAACAAUGGUAAUUUUUUUGUUACUUGCAACUAUAGUCCACCUGGUAAUUUUAUUGGGGAAAAGCCUUUCUAAAUAUUAAUAUUCUUUCUGUCUAGUUAAAUUUGCUACAUUUACUACAAAAAACUCUCACUUUAAAAAUGCAAAUGUAGCAAAGUUGAUAGAACAGAAGAGUAUAUAUAUACCAAAAAAGAGUGAUUCAAUAAAAGAAUGCCAUGUGGAUUUAUGUUUGUUUUUGUUGUUAUUAUGUAUGUUACUUUUGUCAUCGUUGUGUUUUUCUAUCAAUAAAUUUGAUGUGUUUGUGAAAAUAAAGCAUACUGUAAGUUACUAAAAUUAUAUAUGAUAUAUCAUAUAUGUAAGGAAAUGAUUACCUAUGAAAUAAUAAUAUAUGGAGUUUAU